GCUUACCUCACCGGAGCAGACGGCGAUUGGGAAAGUUACGUUGCCACCGUGCUUGUGGAUGGCACCUGGGGUGAUCACAUCACCGCUCAGGCCUUGUGCGACCACCUGCAGGUCGGAAUCCGCGUUUUCUCCACUUACCCAGAUCCAGAACAGGGAGACUUCUGCUUAGACCAGCAACUGGUUGUCCCAUGGAACAACGAGACGCCAGAGAAG